CUCGCCGCGUUUGGCACCAUUGGGGGCGCCCUUUUCGGUUUUGACAUCAGUUCAAUGAGUGCAUGGAUUGGAACCCCGCAAUACCUGGACUACUUCAAUUCGCCCAAUUCAGAUCUCCAAGGCGGCGUGCGGUUCCCCAUCCCUUUGUGCCUCCCAAGAAACCCACUUUUCCGCAGCUCAGCUACUUCUAAUACUACAUGAUAGAUCACCGCUUCCAUGUCGGCUGGCUCCUUUGCCGGUGCUAUAGGUGCGGGAUAUCUCUCAGAUAUCCUAGGUCGAAAACAUGCCUUGCUUGUCGCAUCCAUUGUUUGGGUCAUUGGGUCGGUGGUAACCUUGAGUGCCCAGAAUGUCGCCCAUCUGGUCGCUGGUCGUGUUAUCAACGGGCUCACUGGUAAGUACUAACGGGCCCCCACCAUAUUUUCGGAUUAUAACACCUUAAUUUCGCAGUCGGUAUAAUGUCUUCCCAAGUACCUGUUUACCUUGCGGAACUUUCCCCAAAGAAUAUCCGUGGCCGUAUCGUCGGUAUCCAACAGUGGGCUAUCGAAUGGGGUAUUCUGAUUAUGUAUAUGAUAUCCUAUGGUUGCACCUUCAUCGAUGGGCCAGCAUCCUUCAGAACAGCUUGGGGAAUUCAGGCCAUCCCUGCGCUAUUCUUGAUAGCUGCACUCUUCUUCUUCCCAGAAUCUCCACGUUGGUAUGCCUCGAAGGAUCGCUGGGAUGAGGCUCUCGAUGUACUUGCGCUAUUGCAUGGCAAGGGCAAUAUCCAUGACCCACUAGUGCAAGCGGAGUUUGAGGAAGUGCGUGAAGCUCAAGAACUUGCUAUCCGUGGAAGCCAAUUGUCAAUUUUAGGGUUGUUUGGGCCUCGUAUGUGGAGACGGACUGUGUAUGCUCCUAUAUAUCAAAUUUCGCUCCCUGCCCUGUACUGACAAGCCAAUCAUCACAUAGCUGCGGUCUCUUCUGCCAAAUCUGGCAGCAGCUUGUUGGGGGUAAUGUCAUGAUGUACUAUAUUGUCUACGUCUUCAACAUGGCCGGGCUCACCGGAAACGUCAACCUUGUUUCAUCCUCAAUCCAAUACGUCAUUUUCCUCGUCACCACCGCUAUAACCCUUCUAUACAUUGAUCGCUUAGGCCGUCGCCCAUUAUUCCUCUAUGGCGGUAUAGCCAUGGGAGUGUUAAACUUUGCAGUUGCUGGGUUGAUGAAGACUGGCGGCCACCGCGUCGAAGAAGUCGGCGGAAAUGCAAACAUCAAGUGGAGGGUUCAUGGGAGCUAUGCAAAGGGUGUAAUCGCCUGCAGUUAUAUAUUUGUCGCCUUCUACGGUCUUACUUGGGUUUGUCACCUGCCCCAUAAGCUGACCCUGGAUUCGGCCUAACGUAAUAUACAAUUUAGGCACCUGCUGCCUGGAUUUUCAUUUCCGAAAUCUUUCCUCUUCAGUGGCGUGCUAAAGGGGUGGGCUUGUCCGCGGCAGCGAAUUGGAUCUUCAACUUCGCUCUUGCAUACUUCGUUCCACCGGCUUUCCGUAGGAUCCAAUGGCGCACGUACAUCAUCUUUGGUGUGUUUUGCUUCUGUGGUGUAUUGCAUAGUUAUCUCAUGUUCCCAGAGGUAUUUCCCUCUGAUAUAAUCUUGGGUAACUUAGUACUAACUGUUAAUUAUAGACUGCAGGUAAAACACUUGAAGAGAUUGACUACUUGUUUGAUAGCAAGGUCCCUGCCUGGAAGAGCUCUGAGGUUAGCUCCAGACUUGAA